UCUCCCCUCAUUCAUACACAGUAGGGAGAUUCUCUAUAUAAUGUGUUAAACAUUGGAUCUAGAGUCUAGACCAUAAGCAGUAGUAUUUGUUGUGCUCAUUAGAGAAUCAAUACAAACAACUGAAAUGAAAUCAUUAUAUCUAUCUUCUUCACAGAAUUAUUGUCCUCCUCAAUUCAGAGGUACACAAAACAUCACAACAAAUCAUCCUACAAACAACUUUGUAACAUAUAGAAAAGUGUGGGCUAAACAAGAGAAGGAUGAUGAGAAUGAGAAAGAAGAACCAAAAAAGAGAAAACAGUCUUUGUUUAGUAGUGUAACUGAAGCUUUAGAUUUUUCUCAAGUUAGGUCUGCUGAAGAUGCUGUACUUAUUGAAGAAGCUAGAGAUGCAACCAAGUCUGGAAAAAGGAUGAACCCUGAACAGUAUGGAGCCCUUCGUCGGAAAAUUGGUGGUACCUACAAGGACUUCUUCAAAUCAUAUGUUGAAGUGAACGGGGAAUACGUCGAAGAAGGUUGGGUAGACAAGACAUGUAAAGUCUGCAAGAAAGACACCAAAGGCGAACCAAGGCAAGUUGACAGCGCAGGCCGAUAUGUUCACGUUGCUUGUGUUGGUAAAUCCAAACCAGGCAACUUCUUUACUAGAUUAUUCUCAUAAAAUGGAGACAUUGUUGAAAAGUUACUCAAUUUUUCCGCCUCUCGUAAGAUUGUAUACAUGUUCUUUUACAUAUUAUCAAAGAACAACAUCCCUUGGCCGAGUCUCAAGAAUCUAAAUCGGUAUGUAUUUAAAAUUAUGCA